AUGCCGUCCACCAAGAAGACCCUGCAUUACAUCGCCAGCGCUCUGAUUUCCUCCAUCUCAGUUGGAAUUUUGGGGUUCGCAAUGUCAACACAGUGGGUUGAAAUCGGACUACAGUGUGAUAGAGAAGGAAGUGGCCUCUUCAAUGGGUCUGCUGUGGUGAAUUUGGAUAUAUUUAACGGAAAGCUGGAGAGAACCAUGUGCCCCUCUUUUGAUCCUCCAUUGAAUUUCAAAGUUUUCGACAAACUGACAGAGCUCCAAACGUCGCCGGCCGUGCUGCACACUAUGGUCGCCUGCUUCUUGUGCCUGUGCCUGCUGUUUUCAGCCGGCAGCAUCCUCAUCGCCCUCUACAACAGUGUCAGUAACCCUUACGAGACCUACAUGGGACCCAUAGGGAUCUACUCCUGCAGCUCCAUCAGUGCCUGUUUGUCGGUGUUGGUCCUCAUCAUCUUUGUGAUCAACGUCCAUGUGACCAGUCUGGCGAAGGAUCUAGUCAGGAGCAACUCUGAUGGUAUUCCAGUGGAACUUCAGACCGAAUCUUUGAAAGUGCAGGUGGGAUACUUCCUGCUCAUCCCUUACACGGUUCUGUGCCUCCUGGCCAUCGCCCUGGUUUACAUGUACAAUCACGCCGCCUACACGCACCGACGAGAGCAGCAGAAACCCACCCAGGACGCGCCCAAGGAAAUCAUGAUGUACUAG